CAACUUCCUUGGUCCAGGGUUAGAAGAGGCAACACCGAGAUUGCAAUCAUUAAAAAGACUGCAAAACCAAGGCUGCAAAACCACUACCCUGCCACAAAUAUGGUAGAACUAUCACUUCUACCACUAAAGAUUGCUUUAUAAAUAAUCUUCUAGAUCAGUUUCAUUCUUUAGUAUACCAGAUAGCUUAGAAGAACUCGAUGCUGCAACAGAAACUACUGACUCUCUCUUUUCUAGCACAUUAGACUCAGUUGCUCUUUUGCCCUUAAAAAAGAUUAAGGAAAUUAGUCCAACGCCGUGGUACAACGAGCACACUCUGGCCCUUAAGAGAGCAGCCAAAAAAAUGGAGCACAGCUGGAAGAAAACAAAACAAGAAAUUUCGCAUUUCAUGGAAAGAACACAUUUUUACGUACAGAAAGGCCUUAAAAACUGCCAGAUCUACUUAUUUUUCUAAUCUCUUAGAAGAAAACAAACACAAUCCUAGGUAUUUGAUACAGUGGCUAAAUUAACAAGAAAUAAAGCUUCAACUUCUAAUAUUUCCAAACAGCACAGCAGUAAUGACUUCUUUACUUGCAAGAUUGAUAAUAUUAGAGAGAAUAUUAUAACCAUGCAACCGUCUACUAUAGUAUCACGUCAAACAGUGCAUUGUAGUGUCCAUUCAUUCGCUGCUAUAGGAGAGAAAGAAUUGUCUAAACUUGUUAAAUCAUCAAAAUCAACAACAUGUAUGUUAGACCCUAUAUCGACUAAGCUAUUGAAAGAGAUGCUUCCAGAGGUCAUGGAUCCUCUUCUUAAUAUCGUUAAUUAAUCUUUAUUACUAGGAUAUGUACCGAAAGCCUUUAAGCUGGCUAUUAUUAAACCUCUUAUUAAAAAACCACAACUUGAAUUAGUCAAUUACAGCCGAUCUCGAAUCUACCUUUUCUAUCAAAAAUCAGUCAGGAUUUAGACCAUACCAUAGUACUGAGACUGCUCUCAUUAGAGUUACAAAUGAUUUUCUCUUAUCAUCAGAUCGUGGUUGUGUUUCUCUAUUAGUGUUACUGGAUCUUAGUGCUGCAUUCAACACUAUCGAUCACAAGAUUCUUUUAAAUAAACUCAAAUUAUGUUGCCAUUAGUGGAAUUGCAUUGGCAUGGUUCAAAUCAUACUUAUCUGACCAUUAUCAGUUUGUAGUAGUAAUCGAAGAGAUGUCAUAUCGAUCACAAGUUCAAUAUGGAGUACCGCAAGGCUUAGUACUAGGACCGUUGCUUUUCACUCUGUACAUGCUACCCUUGGGAGAUAUCAUUAGGAAGCAUGGUGUUAGUUGUCACUGUUACGCUGAUGAUACUCAGCUCUAUAUUUCUUCGCGCCCUGACAAAACUUACCAACUCACAAAAUUAACGGAAUGCAUAGCUGAUAUAAAAAAUUGGAUGACCAGUAAUUUCCUACUACUAAACUCAGAAAAAAACAGAGAUUCUAAUUUUUGGACCAAAAACUUCUUUACGUAAUAACCUAGAAUACUGUCUAACACUUGAUGGCUGCUCUGUUAAGUCUUUGUCAUCAGUUAGGAACCUGGGUGUGCUCUUUGAUACAAAUCUUUCAUUUAAAAGCCAUGUAUCUAGCAUUUGUAAAACCACAUUCUUCCAUCUUAAAAAUAUAUCUAAACUAUGAAAUAUGCUCUCAAUUACAGAUGAGGAACAGUUAGUUCAUGCGUUCAUGACCUCAAGGCUAGAUACUGUAAUGCUCUACUGGAUGGUUGCCCUGCACGCUUGAUAAACAAACUCCAGCUGGUCCAAACUGCAGCAGCUAGAGUUCUUUCUAGAACCAGGAAGUAUGACCAUAUUAGCCCAGUUCUGUCAACACUGCAUUGGCUUCUUGUUAAACAUCGAAUAGAUUUUAAAAUCUUGAAAUCACUUACAAAGCACUAAAUGGUUUAGCUCCCCAGUAUCUGAGCGAGCUCUUAACACAUUAUAGUCCUUUACGUCUAUUGCGAUCUCAGAAUUCAGGCCAAUUGAUAAUACCUAGAAUAUCAAAAUUAACCGCAGGUGGUAGAUCCUUCUCCUGUUUGGCACCUAAACUUUGGAACAAUCUUCCUAUCAUUGUUCGAGAAGCAGACACACUCUGUCAGUUUAAAUCUAGGCUAAAAACACAUCUCUUUAACCUGGCAUACACAUAACACACUAUCAAUUUAUGUUUUCAAAUCCAUUAAAGGAUUGUUAUGCUGCAAAAAUUAGGUCAGCCGGAACCGGGAACACUUCCUAUAACACCAGAUGUACUCGUUACAUCAGAAGAAUGGUAUCUAUGCUAAUAUUAGUCUCUCUGUUUAUCCCGAGGUGUACUGUAGUCAGUUGGAUCCGGACCAGUUGUAUCCAGGUGAGAUUGACGAACUGCGCCUUGACACAACCACAACGCAGCCCUGAAGUGUCAGCAGAGAUCAUGUCAACUAGAUCAUCCUCUGUGAAGGCCUCACCAACAGGACAGCCAGUGGCGCAGUUCCUCAACACACCAAACAUACCGGCAUGAUGAAUACGAUCUUCAACAUGGAACCAGAUUAAAUAUUUUGACUCUUGCAAUCCCAAUCAGGCUUAUGAUCUGUAAAGCUGCCUGAAUCAUAAUCACACACUGUUCGUUGUUGGCCAGAGGAGAACGGGCCCCCCGAAUGAGCCUGGUUUUACCCAAGGUUUUUUUCUCCAUUUGUAUCACCUUUUUGUCACCUGAUGUCACCUGUUGGAGUUUGGGUUCCUUGCCGCUGUCGCCUUUGGCUUGCUAAGUUGGGGACACUUGAUAUUCAACAAUGUUUUUGAUCUGCCUGCAUUGACAUCAUUGUAUGUAAACUACGUUAAUAACCAUUGAUUUUUACAAUGGAAUGAAUCAAUACUGAAUUUACUUAAGCUGGACAAUGACACCAUUUUCUUUAAGAGCAGCUGUGCAGGCAAAAUUAUUUACCUGUUAUCACUGUAAAGCUGCUUUGAGACAAUCUGCAUUGUAAAAAGCGCUAUAUAAAUAAAGGUGACUUGACUUGAUGUGAGCUGUUCUGGGUGGGGGGGGAAGGUGGGUCUUAUCUCUAGAGCCCCCGUGUCAACAAGCUUGGCCCCCCUCUGACCCCCCCACCCCCUAAAUUUGAAAUCGUAUCACACCAAACAAUUUCUUUAAACCGGGUACAAUGUGCAGUCUUUGCUGGGGCAAAGAAAAGAGUUGGCUAAUCAAAUGGCAAAAAAAGAAAACGAGAUGGCAAAUCAAAACUGUACAAAGAAUGUCCAAGCAUAACAAAAGAGCAGAUUAAACACAAUCACAAAGGUCUCGUCUUCGUCCUGUCACUCUUUUAAACACUGGUGCCACACAGGAUUGUCAGUGGAAUCCAUGACGUCACUCAAGUUAAUAAAGAUAGACAGCUUCCUGAACCUAUAGCUGUCUUGUGUAGGUGUGCCUCAGAAAUUGACAGGAGGGAAACAGAAGAGAGAGAAACACAGAGGCACACAAUUACCAUCAGGACAUAACACGUUUCUUUCUUUUUGUGUACUGUAGCCUAGAAGGCAAGUUAUUGUUGUUCAAGUAUGUAUUAACAGAAACCGCUAAAGAGCCAAUAGAAAGUGAUAUUUCAACAGUAUUCUCUGCACUUGUCUUUCACAGUUCUAAUUUAAGAAAACGAAAGUAAAAGUGUUUUAUUAACACAUGGCCUCGUAUGAAAGACAGAACCUCUAAUUUUUAUGAUAAAAAUAUACUUUGUAUAAAGUAUGGAAAUUAAGUUCAUUGUUUUGUCACUACUUCUGAUGAUCGCUAAUGGCUUCACUGUGCGCGGUCCCUCUGGUCCUCUGUUUGUUCCUCUGGGAUCUUCAGUGGUUUUGCCCUGUUAUGUUGAUGAACCUUUACUAACGGAGGGUCUGGAGGUGGAAUGGAGAAGAACAGACUUAGACACUCCAGUUCAUUUGUUUCUGGAUGGAGAGAGUCGACCAGAGACCCAGCAGCAGGAUUAUCAUGAUAGAGCUCAUUUCUUUACUGAUCAGAUUCAACAUGGAAACUUCUCCCUCCGUCUGGACAAUCUGAGAGCUGAAGAUGAGGGAAAUUACACAUGUAAAGUUUACAGUCAGGAGGAUUCUGGAGAUACUGAGGUUCAAAUAUAUGUUGAGCGUUUGCUAGUAUCAGGAUCUAAUCGGUCCGUAUCUGCAUAUGAUGGUGAAGACGUCACUCUGAACUGCUCUGUAGACUCUCACAUCAAACCUGAACACAUUGAAGAGGUUAAAUGGAUAAGAAUAGAUGAAUACAUUCUGGUUUUGCUCUACCAAAACAAUGAGGCUUUUCCAGGUUCAUCAAAUGAACAAUACAGAGACAGAGUUGAGUUCUUCACUGAUGAAAUCCCCAAAGGAAACUUCUCUCUCAGACUGAAGAGUGUCAGAACUGAGGAUAAAGGAGUUUACAUGUGUCAAGUGUUUGCUGGAGAACUUUCAGCCAAUGCAACUGUAGUACUGGAGCAACUGGGUUUCUCUCUUUUGCACAUAACUGUGUUGGUUUUCUGUUUUGUUGCUGGAUCUGGAGCUGUACUUCUGCUCUGCUGUCUGAUCUACUGCAGAUCAAAAAACACAGUCUCCAGAAGCACAAUCUGGAAUCUUCAGCUUUCUCUGGUCUUUUUUCCAAACAUCUGUAUGUCCAUCGCCUUUUUUUUAUGGGGUCUCACUGAAGGAUUUCUGCAUGAGACCGUCACUUGCUGUGCUCUGUAUAUUCUGAGGCCUGUUAUGUUGAUUUGGGCUUUGCCUUAUUUAAAGUAUCUUCAAGACAACAUUAAAACAUGGAACAGGUGUAUCAGAAUAACAAGUGAAUUUGUUGUUUUUACAGUCAUUGUUUAUUCAGUUCUUUUUGCAUAUGGCUGGAGAAAGAGUGCACAUGAUACAUUCAUCGAACCUGGUUCUGGACUAUACUUUGUAAUUGUUGUGCUGAACCGCAUGGCUUUUGGACUGUCCUUUGUAAAUAUUGUGCAGUCGUGUCUCCUCCUGAGUGCAAUUGACUUCGAAAAGUGGAUAAGCUGGGUUUUUUUCAACACAUGCAUGUUUCCAGAAUUUUUUAAUGUGAUCAUUAUUCUUCUACGGCUUCUCAACAAGCUUAAUUCAUCUUGUCAGCUAUCAAAAUUCAAAUUUGAAUUUAAGCUACUCUGUCAAGAAUGGAUAAGAAGGGCUUUCUCAUGCUGCAAAACAUGGAUAAGAGCGGCUUUCUCAUGCUGCAAAACAUGGAUAAGAGCGGCUUUCUCAUGCUGCAAAACAUGGAUAAGAGGGGCUUGUUUCUCAUGCUGCAACCCAUGGAUAAGAGCGGCUUUCUCAUGCUGCAAAACAUGGAUAAGAGCGGCUUUCUCAUGCUUCAAAACUAAUGUUUUUUUCAUGGAGAUUUUUCUCUUGUCUUUGAGUCAAUUGUCCCAGUUGAUCUUCUCAUUUGGACUUCCCUCUCUAGCAUUAUUAUUCAUGCCAUUUCUUCAAGCACUACUGUUGAUCGGUUUACAAGUUGUACCUCUUCUUCAAUCAAAAUUCAAAUUUCUCUGCCAAAGAUGGAUAACAUUAUUGUGGAUGAUAACAAUAACACUCCUGGAUAUUGUCCUUGUGAUUUAUAUUCAUCUAACCAUAUUGGAAAGGGAGAAAGAGUAUGUGGGAUGGACCUGCGUCAUUGUAUUUAUUGAAGUUCUGAAGAUGAUAGUGUGCUUUGACAACCGUGUACCAGAGGCAAAACGUUCAAAAGUCCAGAAACGACGACAACAGACUGAGACGAGCCAACAAGCAUCAAAUGCAUUGCAUCUCUGUCAUGAAAUCAUGUACAUGUUUGGAGCAGUUGGUCUUGUUUUGUUGAACUCUGUUACACUGACAGCAGAACUGAUCCUGAAAGCACGAAACGGUGAGCGCAUUUUGAAGGAUUUGAGAGUCAUUGUCUUCCCCUCCGAAUGUGUUUUUGCCUUGUAUUGGCUGGGUCUACAAAUGCAUGGUUUCUGGAAGAUUGUUACAACUGAAUCUACACGCAAUCAAAGGAACACACAUCAAAGACACAGACGUCAGCUCAGGAACACAGUAUCAGAGAUUUAUAAAAGGAAGAAUCGGUCUGCACCUUAUUCUGCUGUUUCUCAGAACACAGUAUCAGAGAUUUAUAAAAGGAAGAAUCAGUCUGCACCUUAUUUUGCUGUUUCUCAGAAGACAGUAUCAGAGAUUUAUAAAAGGAAGAAUCGGUCUGCACCUUAUUCUGCUGUUUCUCAGAAGACAGUAUCAGAGAUUUAUAAAAAGAAGAAUCAGUCUGCACCUGAAUCUGCUGUUUCACAGACACAGUAAUGAGACAAUGGGCCUCAUUUAUAAAGCGUGCAUAUAAAUCACUCUCAUGGACCUUCUCCGGGUCUGUUCCUGGUGGAAUGACCUACCACGCUCUAUCCGAGUUUUCAAAAAACUGCUAAAGACAUAUCUAGACAUAUAUUUUUUUUUGUCAACACUUGACCCAGUAAUAUUAGCACUUACAUUUUUAUUUAUAUUUUACUUUUCUUUUUUCGAUUUCUAUUCUCUUUCUCUAGUAACUACUGAAGUCAUUGUAAACUUUUGAGGUUUUUGUACAGUUUUGUACAGUAAUUCCUUCUGAAGGAUUUGGUAACACUUAAUUACUAGUGGGUUCCCAUGAUCUUCACUUUGGAAUAUUGAUCCAAAUAAGUAGUAGUUACUUUAGAGUUAUAUAGUAACUCUUGAGUUAUUACUAUCCAAUACUUUACAAAAACCUCAAAAGUUUACAAUGACUUCAGUAGUUACUAGAGAGUUAUCAUGUUUUUCAUUUUAGAAUACUGAUCCAAAUAAUUAGUAAUUCCUUCUGAAGGAUUUGGUAAUACUUCAGUCAUUACUAGUGGGUUACCAUGAUCUUCACUUUAGAAUUAAUUAUACAUUAUGCAUUAUUCACAUUAAUUAUGAACCUGUAUAUAGUAGUUCUUAGUAGUUCUCUGGCAGGUAUGAAAAAAUAGUAGUUACUGAUUAGCUAAUAGUAAACUACCACCUUCAACUGAGCACUAUUACUUACUAAUUCAUUAAUCAGAGUUUCUUGUUAGUUAAUAGUAGUUACUAGAGUGUUAAUAAUGCAUUAAUCAUUUGUUCAUGUAUAGUUAUUCAUUAAUGAAGGAUCGGUAUUCUAAAGUGUUACCCAAGAUUGCUUUCCCCAAUAGAUUUGCUUGCUUUAAGGAAAAACUCACUUAAUUUUGAGAAUUUUUAGACAUUUGUACUGGAAACAUUGCAAAAAAUCUAAGUAAGAAAAGCAUUUUUUUUUUUUUUCGUUUACAAGGCGGAGGUCUGAAAACAUUCAUCUGCACACAAUUUCAAGAUCAUUUGUGAUUUAUAGAUUUCACAUGUGAAAGAGUUCAUUUUUCGGAAUCGCACAUACAGACAUUUGAGAAAUGAUCUAGAUCAAACGUAGGACAGUUUCUAUACAACAUUUUAUAAAUGAGGCCCACAGACUCUUCCACAUUUCUUCUGAAGUAAAAAGCAACAAAUGAGACUGACUUCAAAAUUUGUUACAUUCUGUUGAAGAUUACUUGGAUAUUUUUUUAUAUAUUGGUUAUUGUAUAAUUUCAAGAGUAGCCUAAUUCAGGCUUUUUUGAGGCAGUAUUAAGUUUCUUAUCAAACUGUUUUUUUUUUUUUUCAUAAACAGUCAGAUUUAAUUACAGCUCUUAUGUAAAUGUAAUGUAUUAUAAAAAAUGAGAAUAUUCAUCUUGAGUUUUUAGUAGUUAAAUAUGAAGGAGUUGAACAUGUUUUGCACAUCAUGUGGUUAUUGCAUUAGUGAUCAGUUUUAUGAACAGGCUGUUUUUACUUUUUACUUUUUACUUUUGAUGACUCAGAGAGUCCUGUAUCUGCUUAUGUUUGUGUUGUGUCUUUUUUGAUAAUGUCUCAGGGUAUGAAGUCAAAGUAUUAUUUUCUGUUUUUGCUAGUGGUGAAGUUGCAGAAUUGGCUGUGCCAAAUUUACGUCUAUGCAAAUAUAUUUAUGUAAUGUUUAAAACAAACCAGUUUGUUAAGUGUCUGAAUUGUUAGUUCAUGUGUUUGUGAUUUGCUCAUGUCUGCAUUACAGUAAUAAUAAAUAUAGUGAGAAAGUCUUCAAGCUCA